AUGAUCAAGCUGAGAUCAAAGAGGUUUUCCAGAAGCAAGUCUAAGAUAAACGUAGGCACUAGUGGUGGUAAUAGUGGCAAAGGGUGUGUAGGUGGUGGUGAAAUCAAAUGGGAACUACGUCCUGGUGGCAUGCUUGUUCAAAAGAGAGAAUGUGAAGGUGGUGUUGGAGAAGGGAUGAUUACAGUUAGAGUCUCAACAGUUUCACAGUGGCAUCAUAUAUCCAUUGAAGCAACUUCAACAUUCGGAGAAUUAAAGAUCAUAUUGUCAUUGGCAACUGGUUUGAAGCCACAAGAACAAAGAGUACUGUUCAAAGGGAAGGAGAGAGAAGAUUAUGAAUACUUACACAUGGUUGGAGUUAGAGAUAAGGACAAGGUGCUGUUGUUAGAAGACCCAGCCAUCAAGGAGCAGAAACUCCUUGAACUGGCUAGAGGAAGAGGCAUUAGGACUCCAUAUUGCUCUAUUACUGUCUAA